AUCCGCCCGCCUGGGCCUCCCAAAGUGCUGGGAUUACAGGUGUGAGCCACUGAGCCCGGCCCAGUUUGGCUUUUGAAGGGGACAAUUUGAAAACUUACAGGGGGUAAGAUUCUCUUCCUCGUCCAUUACAUCAGGAUUACUUCUGCCUUUUACUUGCCAGUCAGCUUUUUAGGUCUUAGCACUCAACAAGGAGCAACUGUCCUCUUGGGUGUAGUCAAUGUAGUCUACUUAUGGCCUCCUGCUUAGACUCUUAAGGGUUCCCUAGCAUCUGUGUUUUGUUUAUAGGUUUGAAGCUAUCGUCAAUAGACGAGAUUUAGUUUCAGGGCCCGUACCUAUGACUGGGGAGAUUCUAUCUGGGAAAGGUCAAGACAUGCAACUCUUUUUUUUUUUUUUCUUCUCUUUUCUGAGGGACUAUUUUCCUCCAAUUUUUUUCAGCUCUACAACUAAAAUAUAAGUCUAGUGUAUGAACACAACUGGCCACUGUCCUGGGCCUUAGAUGGCACUCUGCUAUCAUUCUUCUCUGGUCAGAGCCGUGCCUAUGGGGUGAGGUGACUUUUGGGCCUUCCAGUCUUACUCUCUUUUCGUUUUUAGACCAUGAUUUGGUUACCUGGGAACCCAAAUUCACUGCCCAGAAGGCCCUGAACUGGUAUCUGCAGUUGGCAUGGAUCCUUGAAGCCAUCUUCCUGAAGGCCAUCAUUGCUACUGAUUGUGCAAUCUCUGCCUGAGGGUCGGUCAAGGGAUAGCUCUGUGUGUGUGUGUGUGUGUGUGUGUGUGUGUGUGUGAGAGAGAGAGAGAGAGAGAGAGAGAGCACUUGGGUGUCCACAUAUCACAAGGCCUCUCUUGAUGUAGGAUGCAGCAGGCAUGGGAGAGCAAGGCAAAUUCAUUACCAGGGCUCAGGAUGAUGUCUGUCUUCAAACCACCCAUUUCUGAGGAAGGACUAUGAAUAUUGUAGGAGUUCUAAAGUUGUACUUGGUCUUCCAAGACAUUGAAAAGAUAUAUUUGUCAGUCAAGGUAGAAGGAUGAAUGAAACCUAUUUUAUUGAGCAGUUCGCCACCUUGAGUUGUAACUUUAAAUGUUUUGACUUAUAGUACAUGGGCCUCUAUUUGCUCACUUGCCUUGGGCCUUCCCAUGUUGGGGAUGGGUCUGCAGCAGCAACAUUCCUUUGCAGAGAUGUUGGGUAGAAAUUAGUUUUGGUUAAUUGUAUCAUUUUUUUCCCUGGAACAGACAGCACUGAACAUUAAAGAAAAAGAUAAGAGUUACUCCGUAGACAUAGUGCUGUAUUUCCUUUGGGAAAUGUAGUUUUUCUUAGUUUGUGUUGUCCUAAAGCGAACUUUAGCUCUAUACUUUUUUUUCUUUGUCUUUUAUUUAUUUAUUUUUAUUUUUAGAUUUCCUAGUGCCCUAGUUGCAUUUCUUCUGUGUAUUGAGAGACCACCAGGGCAAGGCAAAGUUUAUCUGAAUGUUUUUUCCUCCUAUUGUAAAUAUUUUAUUUGAACCAUCCAUGGUUCAAAUAAAAAAGAGGCUUGGUUCUUCUCAGGCCUCUUUAAAGAAAACAAGGAAAAAGGCUUCCCAGUGCUUUAGAAGAUAUAAGAUUGUUAAAACUUCAUUUUAGAGAACCAGGGAUUUGGCUGAACUAACAUGAAUGCCUUUGAAAGAAGAUAUGGGUUGGGUGCAUAUUUUCAGUAUGUGCUGCAGCAGCUCUUAAUUAAAGUAUAAAUCAUUACAAAGUCUUCAUUUCGUAUGGGGUGAUAAUACUGCUGCUCUGUGAAUGACUACCUGUCACGCCCAAACCCUGCAAACUUUUCUACAUAGGGAAAUGGAAUUGGGCUUAUGCCGCCUGUAGCUUUUACUCAAGAGACUUCAUGGACUGAUUUCCCAAUAAUCAUAAUAGCUACCAUUUAUUGAGGUCUUGCUACUACUUGGAUCAUGCUGAGUACUUCAAGUGUAUUAACCCUCAAAAACAACUUUACAAGAUGUGGAAAUGGAGGCCCAGAAAGGUGAAAUGAUCUGCCCCAGCUGUAAUAGGACUGCCCAUCCACUGAGACAUAGUAACAAUGACAUGAUGGUCACUGACAACAAUGGUGCAGUCAAGUUUCCACAACUGUGUAAAUUUUGUGAUGUGAGAUUUUCCACCUGUGACAACCAGAAAUCCUGCCUGAGCAACUGCAGCAUCACCUCCAUCUGUGAAAAGCCACAGGAAGUCUGUGUGGCUGUAUGGAGAAAGAAUGACGAGAACAUAACACUAGAGACAGUUUGCCAUGAUCCCAAGCUCCCCUACCAUGACUUUAUUCUGGAAGAUGCUGCUUCUCCAAAGUGCAUUAUGAAGGAAAAAAAAAAGCCUGGUGAGACUUUCUUCAUGUGUUCCUGUAGCUCUGAUGAGUGCAAUGACAACAUCAUCUUCUCAGAAGAAUACAACACCAGCAAUCCUGACUUGUUGCUAGUCAUAUUUCAAGUGACAGGCAUCAGCCUCCUGCCACCACUGGGAGUUGCCAUAUCUGUCAUCAUCAUCUUCUACUGCUACCGCGUUAACCGGCAGCAGAAGCUGAGCUCAUCCUGGGAAGCUGGCAAGCCACGGAAGCUCAUGGACUUCAGCGAGCACUGUGCCAUCAUCCUGGAAGACGACCGCUCCGACAUCAGCUCCACAUGCGCCAACAACAUCAACCACAACACAGAGCUGCUGCCCAUUGAACUGGACACCCUGGUGGGGAAAGGUCGCUUUGCUGAGGUCUAUAAGGCCAAGCUGAAGCAGAACACUUCAGAGCAGUUUGAGACAGUGGCAGUCAAGAUCUUUCCCUACGAGGAGUAUGCCUCUUGGAAGACGGAGAAGGACAUCUUCUCAGACAUCAACCUGAAGCAUGAGAACAUACUCCAGUUCCUGACAGCUGAGGAGCGCAAGACGGAGUUGGGGAAACAGUACUGGCUGAUCACUGCCUUCCAUGCCAAGGGCAACCUGCAGGAGUACCUGACGCGGCAUGUCAUCAGCUGGGAGGACCUGCGCAAACUGGGCAGCUCCCUCGCCCGGGGCAUUGCUCACCUCCACAGUGAUCACACUCCGUGCGGGAGGCCCAAGAUGCCCAUCGUGCACAGGGACCUCAAGAGCUCCAAUAUCCUCGUGAAGAACGACCUGACCUGCUGCCUGUGUGACUUUGGGCUUUCCCUGCGUCUGGACCCUACUCUGUCUGUGGAUGACCUGGCUAACAGCGGGCAGGUGGGAACUGCAAGAUACAUGGCUCCAGAAGUCCUAGAAUCCAGGAUGAAUUUGGAGAAUGUAGAGUCCUUUAAGCAGACCGACGUCUACUCCAUGGCUCUGGUGCUCUGGGAAAUGACAUCGCGCUGUAAUGCGGUGGGAGAAGUAAAAGAUUAUGAGCCUCCAUUUGGUUCCAAGGUGCGGGAGCACCCCUGUGUCGAAAGCAUGAAGGACAACGUGUUGAGAGAUCGAGGACGACCAGAAAUUCCCAGCUUCUGGCUCAACCACCAGGGCAUCCAGAUGGUGUGUGAGACGUUGACUGAGUGCUGGGACCACGACCCGGAGGCCCGCCUCACAGCCCAGUGUGUGGCAGAACGCUUCAGUGAGCUGGAGCACCUGGACAGGCUCUCGGGGAGGAGCUGCUCCGAGGAGAAGAUUCCUGAAGACGGCUCCCUAAACACUACCAAAUAGCUCUUCUGGGGCAGGCUGGGCCAUGUCCAAAGAGGCUGCCCCUCUCACCAAAGAACAGAGGCAGCAGGAAGCUGCCCCUGAACUGAUGCUUCCUGGAAAACCAAGGGGGUCCCUCCCCUCCCUGUAAGCUGUGGGGUAAGCAGAAACAACAGCAGCAGGGAGUAGGUGACAUCGAGCAUUCUAUGCCUUUGACAUUGUCAUAGGAUAAGCUGUGUUAGCACUUCCUCAGGAAAUGAGAUUGAUUUUUACAACAGCCAAUAACAUUUGCACUUUAUUAAUGCCUGUAUAUAAAUAUGAAUAGCUAUGUUAUAUAUAUAUAUAUCUAUAUAUCUAUAUAUGUCUAUAUCUCUAUAUAUAUAGCCAUACCUUGAAAAGAGACAAGGAAAAAGAUCAAAUAUUCCCAGGAAAUUGGUUUUAUUGGAGAGCUCCAGAACCAAGUAGAGAAGGAAGGGACCCAUGACAGCAUUAGCAUUUGACAAUCACACAUGCAGUGGUUCUCCGACUGUGUAACAGGGAACUUUGCAUGAGGCAAGAGGCUGCACGUCUCACAGCCAGCUAUGACCACAUUGCACUUGCUUUUGCAAAAUAAUCAUUCCCUGCCUGGCAGUUCUCUUCUGGCCAUGGAACUAAGUACAGUGGCACUGUUUGGGAACCAGUGUUCCCGGGGUUCCUGUGUGCCCUUGUUUCUCCUGGACUUUUCAUUUAAGCUGCAAGCAGCACAUCUGCGGGGGCUAGUUUAGAAAUUUCCCUCAACCUAGUUUAGAAACUCUACCCUGUCUUUACUACCUUGAAUGUUUUGAGCCCCACUUUUUACCCUCAUGAGUUGCAGAAAAAUCAGAACAGAUUUCCCCAUCCAUGCGAUUGCCCCACCAUCUACUAAUGAAAAAUUGUUCUGUUUUUUUUCAUCUUUCCCCUGCACUUACGUUACUAUUCUCUGCUCCCAGCCUUCAUCCUUUUCUAAAAAGGAGCAAAUCCCCACUCUACGCUUUAUCAUGUUUACUUUUUCAUUACACUUGACUUGAUUCUCUAGUUUUCUAUACAAACACCAAUGGGUUCCAUCUUUCUGGGCUCCUGAUUGCUCAAGCACAGUUUGGCCUAAUGAAGGGGAUUUCAACUACACAAUACUAUCAUUGUCAGGACUAUGACCUUGGGCACUCUGAACAUAUGUUUUGUUUGGUCAGCACAGCGUUUCAAAAAGUGAAGCCACUUUAUAAAUACGUGGAGAUUUUGCAGGAAGAUCUGGAUCCCCAGGUAAGGAGAGCAGAUGGCUUUCAGUGAUCUCCAGUCCAUGUUCAGAAAAUGUGAAGGUGUGGAGACAUUUAAAAGCUGCCUCACUUCUCACUGUAAACAUUAGCUCUUUCCACUGCCUACCUGGACCCCCGUCUAGGAAUUAAAUCUCCACCUAACCAAGGUCCCUUGUAAGAAAUGUCCAUGCAAGCAGUCAUUCUCUGGGUAUAUAGUACGAUUUUGACUACCUUAUCUGGUGUUAAGAUUUGAAGUUGGCCUUUUAUUGGACUAAAGGGGAACUCCUUUAAGGGUCUGUUAGCCCAAGUUUCUUUUGCUUAUAUGUUCAUAGUUUUACCCUCUGCCUUGGAGAGAAGAGCGCUUUACUCCCAGAAGCUUUCCUCGUGGUUCCUGUUGUCUCCAUCAUGCCAGCCUUCCCAACCUUUGCAGAAAUUACUAGAGAGGACUUGAAUGUGGGACACGGAAAUCCCAUUUGCAGUUAGGAAAUUUGUGUCCACAAGGACAAGAACAAAGUAUGAGCUUUGAAACUCCAUAGGAAACAUGUUAAUCAGCAAAGAAGUGUUAAUGCUGCAAGUAAUCUUUUUUUAAAACUGUUUUUGAAGCUACUUAUUUUCAGCCAAAUAGGAAUAUUAGAGAGGGACUGGCAGUGAGAAUAUCAGCUCUGUUUGGAUGUUGGAAAGUCUCAUUUUAUUGAGAUUGUUAGGAUACAUGCGGAAGUUUGGAAUUAGGCAGAACCUCCGGGCACCUUACUCAGUGUGAGUGGGCUGAGAGUUAGACAGUGUGGCUGCAGGAGCAUAGAGGCGCCUAGAAAUUCCACUUGCGCCGUAGGGCAUGCCGAUACCAUCCCAAUCGCUGUUGCUCAUUGACCUCUAGUGGUGAGUUUCUAGAAUACUGGUCCAUUCAUGAGAUAGUCAAGAUUCAAGAGUAUUCUCACUUCUGGGUUAUCAGCAUAAACUGGAAUGUAGUGUCAGACAAUACUGUGGCUUGUUUUGUUUAUGUUUUUUUUUUUUUUCUUAUUCAAGAAAAAAGACCAAGGAAUAACAUUCUGUAGUUCCUAAAAAUACUGACGUUUUUCACUACUAUACAUAAAGGGAAAGUUUUAUUCUUUUAUGGAACACUUCAGCUGUACUCAUUUAUUAAAAUAGGAAUGUGAAUGCUAUAUACUCUUUUUAUAUCAAAAGUCUCGAGCACUUAUUUUCAUUCUAUGCAUUGUUUGUCUUUUAUAUAAAUAAAAUGUUUAUUACAUUGAAUAAAGCAAAAUACUCAGGUGAGCAUCCUGCCUCCUGUUCCCAUUUCUAGUAACUAAA